AUGUGGAUUAGCAGUUCAGUCUUUGUCAAGUGUGACUGUGGCAUGAUAGAGUUCUUUGCCACUGGUGAUCAACCCUCCAACGAUACCACUCCAAGGAAAAUUCAAGGCAAAGAUCUGAAUUGACAAAUAGUGUACAGUGCAUUUGUGAUGGGAGUUCAAAAAGAGGGAAUUGCCAAGCUGUGUGAAAUGCUUAACAUGCCGUUCAGUAUGUCACUCACAACCCGUGAGUGAUAAUGCUAAAAUGGAAGCCAGGAGAAGGGAUUCAGAGAGAGUUAAACAGGCAGAGAAGAGAGUACAAAAUCAGCACAAGAAAUACAGAGUUGCCAGCAGACAAGCUAAACAGUGCAAUGAGGAUCUCAGGAUGCGUGGAAAGGGAGUGACAUGUGCAGCUGGGACUCUUGGGGAAAUAGAAUCUUGCAAUGAAGGCAAAAAGAAGAAAAAGACUAAGUAGACCAGGAAAUAACUUUGGGCAUAUUUGUUUCAAAAUGUUCUUGCCAACAUAUUGUGUUUUUAUGUUAAAGGCCAACUUGGACCCAUAUUUCCAUAUAUUUUUUCCUUUAAAUUGUAUUUCCUGCAAAUAUGGAUUUUUCGUGAAAAUCUGGGUGCCCCCUGAAAUUUCUCAGGAUGUAUUUGUGCAAACAUCACCAAAUUUGCCACAGAUAUUGAGACAUGACAUACUACAAACCUAUUGAGCAAAAUUCAGUUUGACUGAAAAGUAUUGGAGUUUUGAGGAGUAAAUCUUUUCUCGGAAUGAAUUGGUUGCCAUGGCAACAUUAAUGAUCAAAACUCAAUUUUUCUCUAUAAGUUUGAAGUGCUUUUUAAGUAGAUCCAUGUUUCUUAAAACCAGCUCAGUUGGAUGUAUUUUGUGCUUUAAAUUUGAGGGGGCAGAAGAAAGGUUUAAAAAUGAUAGUCUUUGUAUUUGUUAAUUAGGUUUAACCCUUUAACUCCCAAGAUCUGAUUGUUAAUUCUCCCCUCUAGCUGCUACACAUUUCCUUGUAAAUUAGUUAUGAGAACUUGGUGCUAGAUCAAGAUAGCAGCUUCUCCUUGAUAAGUUUGAAUAUUCUCAUUACCUGUUUGCUGAAUAUUGUUUGGGUAUUAUAGUGAGAAGUUUCUUGUUAAUCACUUCUGGGAGUUAAAGGGUUAAGGUUUAAUAAUGCUUUUUACCACUGUACAAAAUCCUACUAAUAUGAUAACUACUAAUAAAAAUCACAACAAUAACCAAUAACUAAUAAUAACCAUAUAAUAUUUGUUAAAUCUUAAAAGUACAGUAGUUGAAGGAAAGCAAUAGGGGGAAACUGAAUUCCCAUAUAAAAACUGCUCUCUAAGGCUAAUAUAAAUAACUAUACGCUUUAUAAGAAAGAAGCCACUGAACACGUGAAACCAUGCUCUCAGUGAAAGGUGUAACAACCUCAUUAUCCAUCUCUUCAGAUCUUUCGUGAAAUACACUAUGAAAGAAUUUAUUAAAUAUAUUAGCUUUCCCUUUGGGCGUAAAGGUAGAUUGACCAUUGUAUUCAGUACAACUGGGAAUACUAAAAUAACCAGUGCGUGAUUUAAGGAAGGACCAAAACAACAUAUUUCCAGUUCGCUUUAUUCAAACUAUCCUCACCCUAUUGCUAAAGGACUUGAAUUGAGCCCAAUUAGCAGUGGGUCCCUUGAGGAUUUUGCUUUCCUCCACAAGCCCCGUUUCUUUUAAACAGGGAUUCGUAAUUCAGAAUUAAACCAUGGUAUAUUCCUUUUAUACUUCAGGGACUUUGUUGGAAUAUUACGCUCAACUGCUUCCAUAAACAGUACUUUCCAUGCAUCCCAAACAUCAUUCAUAUCAUCCACUAAGAAAGCAGUUGUCCAAGGUAUAUUUGAGAAAUCGUCCCGUAGACCAUUCCAUGAACAAUCCUGGAGGUUUGCCUAGGUCGUGAGAUUUUGAGUCUCAAAUUAAAUACAAUAGAAUUAUGAUCAAACACUAAGGUCAAACAACAAAUCAGGAGCCGUAGGUAACACCAAAUCCAAUAUGUUAUCUCCCCGUGUAGGAUUCAAGACCAUUUGAUGGGAAAAGUAAUCUUGAGAUAUGGAGCAAAACAUCGAGGAUAAAGUAUCAAAGCCAAUAGGACAAGACGGAUUGGACCAGUCAACCCUUGGGUAGUUUGAAAUCUCCAAGUAAUAAAGUUGUUAAAGUGCAUCCACUUCUCUCCAACAGGCACAAUGAUUUUUCUAACUCCAGCAAAUGAGAAUAAACAAAUCUGGUCAACUUUAUUAUUGGCUGGUAUAUAGGGUCGUAUACUUUCCUCCUGCUAAUUUUCAGCAGGUUACCACAAAUGGUUAUGAUCCUGUGACUGUUUUAGUUAUGACCUACUCUAUUUGUGGAUUUCAACCAAAGGGCCUCUUUAAGUUCUGUCAAAUAAUCCCCUUAUUUUUUCGUUGAGCCGAGAAAUAUUACCCUUUGAAUUGCAUUGGUUUUCUGUUAGUGUCAUGAUGUUAAGUUUACAGCUAUUUUAUUUCCCUUUUUUCCAGUAACGAUCUGGCAUCUAGCACAGUAACUUUUGGUCAAGCGUAG